UUCCAUCCAUAGAAUCAUUUGCAUCGACGAAGUGGAUCGUUUGCUAACCAAAGAACGUAGUAUUGUGUAUGAUCUUUUCGAGUGGCCAUAUCUGUCAUCCAACGUGCUUAUCAUCAUCGGUAUUGCAAACAGCAUCGAUCUAAUCGAACGAUCUCUUCCUCUGCUCAAGAUCCGUUCAUCGAAGCCUUGCACGCUCGUUUUUCCCACAUAUUCUGAAGCGGACUUGACUCAGAUCAUUCGGCAGCGUAUCCAGCUGUGCAACGAAUCUCUGGGAACGGAGCUUUCGCUCUUCCAAGAGCCAGCGAUUCGAUUGUGCGUGAAGAAAGUCGCCGAGAUGGGCGAUGCCCGUCGACUUCUCGAUGUAUGCAAGAAUGCGCUGCAACUCACUGCUCCGGAUGGGUUCAUCAAUGCGGAAAAGGCCGUGUCGAUCGCGACCAUGUCGAAGACCUUAUUUCAGUUCUUUCGAGACAGCCAAUCGUCGAUUCUGGAUUCCUUACCGCGAAUGGCGCAGGUUCUUCUGGCUUGUUUGUGCGGAUUGAUUAAGAACAUGGAGGAACGAGAAAAGCAAGCGGAAAAAGUCAAACUAAACGCUGUGACUCCGAAUCGGCUCAGAGAAAUGUACAUCCAGGUUCAUAAGAAUCUCAUCGGAGGAACGCGUCCAAACGUUGCGGAGUUUACAACGCUUCUAGACCAGUUGAUAAACAACGGAAUUUGCAAGAUUGUAGUCUCUAAACGAUUGAAGCUGCUCGAUCGGCCGGUAGCUGCGGGAGGGAGUAUUGAGUGUAGAUUCUGA